CCUGCGAAAUCUGAUCCUACUUUUGGUCCUUUAAAGGCAUAAUGGAUGAACCUGGACUGGAGAUCCACAGCGCGGUGGCACUGUCCCCUGAACUCUCUUUCAGAAGAGACAAGGCCAACCGCAGCAGUAGCGGACAGUACUUCAGCAUGAAACGUUGAACGAAGUGGAACAGUUGGGAUUGUUGGAAAGUGAAUGAGAAUAGCUGCGUGGAGUCGUGAUGUGAUUUACCGGGGAACGUUUACUACGCGAGGAAAGAGAAAAAGCCGACUACAAAGUCACAAGGUUCUACGUCAGCCUGUCGCUUACCAGUCUACGAAGUCUGUUUAUCUGCCGGUUCAGUCAAGAUGGCGGAUGUCUUGGAGAGUGGCGGCACAGGUGCAAGUUCUGUUGGAGGGGUGGGAAGCGUGGAUUGGCAGAAGCGUUGUGUUGCCUUGGAGAUGCAGCUGCUGAGGUUCCGUCUGCAGGCAGGGAAGAUCCGAGAGCUGCUGGCCGAGAAGAUGCAGGAGCUGGAACAGAGGGUGACAGAGUCUGACCAGCGGGCCGAGAGUGCUGAAAAACAGGUCCAUGUCAUGGAAGAGAAGCUGAAAUCUGCUAACAUACAACCCAGUGAAUCAGAGAACCUAUUGUACAGAAGGUACCAGGAACUGACCAAUCAGGUGCAGGAAAAAGAUGCUGUGAUUAAGAGACUGGAGGUGCAGCUGGAAAAACAGAUCUUAGUCAGAGCGCAGGAGGCUAAGACAAUUGAGGAAAAGGCUGCUAAAAUCAAAGAUUGGGUUACUUUUAAGCUACGAGAGAUGGAGACAGAGAACCAGCAGCUGAAGAUGUCCAACCUGAAGCAGACGGAACAGAUUAUGACGCUGCAGGACAAGCUCCAAGGUGAUCCUUUUUCCACCACAGUAGCUCUUCUAGAGCAUCCUCCUGCCUCUCCAUCUACAGACACCCACCAGGUACCAUCCAGCCCUCUGCAUCCCCCCAGCUGUCCUGGGACCCCCCCUGCCCUGGGUGAGACAGGCUGGGGAAGACUGACAGGUUCAGAGCAGCCCUGUAAGGCUCGAGGUGACAGAGUGGACACGACAGGUCACGACACUGUGACAGGAAGCUCGUCGGACCAAACGUCUAUAGACAGAAGGAGGAGGGAGGCUGGGGCAGGGCCGGGUAGUCCCGUUACAACCGCUGGAGGUCAGGACCAACCGCUAGAUGGCGCUCUCCCCAGAAACCAUUCCUCGGACGAGCUCAACAGCAAGUUCCGUUCCCAGCGUCUCCGCUCCUCCUCCUCGUCCUCGUCCUCCUCUUCCUCUGCCUACGAAACGGCCUGCAAGAGUCCCAGCAAACCAGUCGCGUGUAACUCUGCCCCAAAAAGCCCCCUCCUCUGCCGUUCUCCUUCUAACUCCCACCCCUUCCAGACAGUGUCUCAGCCACUGGCCCUACCUUCCCCUACUGGGACCAGCAUGACCCUACCCAAGGUGCGAACGCCCCUCACCCCCCGCGACAGCAUCCAGCUGGUGAAGAAACACUACAGCCAGCCCCACCCCGGGGGUGUGGACAGGUUGCAUCACCUGGAUGUCCCCGUCAACAUCAUGACGACCUCCGGACCCCAGAGCCCUGCGCCCCCCCCCGCCUGUGGACAUGUGGUGGUGGAGACCGAUAUAGAUGAUGGUCUGUCUGAUGGUAUGGAGGGGGUGGUGGAGGGGGCAGAGGCAGACAAUCCUCCCCUUGAAGACGUGCCUUUUGUCAGGUUGGGUGAAGAGCUGGAACUGUUGGACCCUGAGGUCCUGAAACCCCCCACUCCUCCUCUACAUCGCUUCCCGUCCUGGGAGAGCCAUAUCUAUGCUGUGGCCAAGUCGGGGAUGAGAGUGUCAGAGACAAUGGCAGGAACCAGAGGUCCUAGUCGAGGAUCCAGCUUACCGCAGUACCCAGCUGCAGGACCGUUCACUCACCUGAUUUACAAGAACAUCAGCGUGCCUGUGUACACCACUCUCAAAGGGAAAGCCACCCAGAUCAGCAGUGGGCCCCUGCCUGAUGAAGACUCUGGUUCGGAGGACGACAGCAGCUCUCUAGCCAGCCUCAGGACCUCCACCCUGGUCCCCGACAGGAAGGGCAGCACUCCUGGGAGCCCACGGGCCGUCAAGAGGGGUGUGUCCAUGUCAUCCAUCAGCUCUGAAAGUGACUACGCCAUCCCUCCGGACGCUUAUUCCCUGGACUCCGACUACUCCGAGCCGGAACACAAAGUCCAGAGAACCUCCUCGUACUCCUGCGAGAGUCUGCGAGAGCCUGAGAUGCUAGAGAAGUCAGGCUAUCUGCUCAAGAUGGGCAGUCAGAUUAAAGCCUGGAAGAGACGCUGGUUCAUUCUGCGGAACGGAGAAAUUCUGUACUACAAGUCGCCUAGUGAUGUGAUUCGGAAGCCUCAGGGUCAGAUGGAGCUGAACUCCUCCUGCAGAAUUGCUCGUGGAGAAGGAGCACAGACAUUUCAGUUGAUAACGGAGAAGAAAACGUUCUACCUUACGGCUGACUCUCCCAACAUCUUGGAAGAGUGGAUACGAGUUCUACAGAACAUACUCAACGUCCAGGCCAGCAGCCCUGUUACCGUGGAGAACACUGCCACCAAACCCACCGUGAGGGGCUGGCUCACUAAGGUGAAGCAUGGCCACUCGAAGCUGGUGUGGUGCUCUUUGGUUGGCAAGGUGUUCUAUUAUUUCAGGAACCAGGAUGACAAGCUCCCCCUAGGCCAGCUGCGUAUGCGCGAGGCCGUAGUGGAGGAGGUGGACAGGUCAUGUGACUCAGACGAGGAUUACGAGGCGGGUGGGCGUGGCUUCUUGUCAUCCCACUGUACUCUAGUGGUCCACCCCAGAGAGCAGAGCCCCAACUACCUUCUCAUAGGCACCAAACAAGAGAAGGACACCUGGUUGUACCACUUGACGGUGGCGGCCGGCAGCAGUGCCAGCUUUAAGGUGGGCACAGAAUAUGAACAGCUGGUUGGGAACCUCUUAGACGUAGAGGGAGACCCAGACUCAGCGUUGUGGAGGAGUGAAGCCCUGUGUUUCUCUAAGGAGGGCCUGCGUUGGCCUUUGACUACCUUACCCUCUGAAGCUCUGCAGACUGAAGCACUCAAACUCUUCAAGUCCUGUCAGCUAUUCAUCAACGUGCUGGUGGAGUCUCCCUCCAUCGACUAUCACGUAUCCCUGGCCCAGAAUGCAUUGCAGGUGUGCCUAACGCACCCAGAGCUCCAGAACGAGAUGUACUGUCAGUUGAUAAAGCAGACCAACCAACGCACUCCACACAACUACUCCUUAACUCAGUGCUGGCAGCUGUUGUCAGUGUGUGUGGCUCUCUUUCUGCCUCAGCAACACUUCCUGUGGUACCUCAGACAAUAUCUGCAGCUCCAUGCAGACCCCAGGAGUGAGGUGGGGAAGUAUGUGGUGUACUGUCAGAGGUCUGUAGAGCGUACCCUUCAGAACGGAGAGCGGGAGGCCAAACCGUCACGUAUGGAGAUUCUAUCCAUCCUACUGAGGAAUCCCUAUCACCACUCAUUACCCUUCAGCAUUCCUGUCCACUUCAUGAAUAACACUUACCAGGUGGUGGGCUUCGAUGGCUCCACCACAGUGGAGGAGUUCCUCAACACCUUGAACCAGAGGGUAGGCAUGAGGAAACCACACCUCUCCGGCUUUGCCCUGUUCACCGACGACCCCUCUGGGAAAGACCUGGAGCACUGUCUACAGCCCUCCGUCAAGAUCUGUGAUGUAAUCUCCAAGUGGGAACAGGCCCUGAAAGAACUGCAUCCUGGGAAAUACGAGGGGACGCGUAUUGUCCGUCUGACAUACAAGAGCAGGCUGUGUUUCCGGGCCCAGGCUAAAGGGGAGACGGAACGUGAGCGCCUCCUACUGGCCUACCAAGUCAAUGACGAGGUCCACCAGGGUCACUUCCCUGUCAACAAGGAGCUGGCUCUGGAAGUGGCUGCCCUCAUGGCUCAGGUGGAGCACGGUGACCUGGACCGUCGGGCCCCUUCCCCCUCCUCCCCCAGCAGCAGUUCCUCCCCUCAGCUCAAAACCCAACAGAUCCUCCUACAGGCCCUAGAGCGCUUCUAUCCCAAACGUUAUAAGCAAGACUGUAACAUGGACCAGCUUCGAGAUCUGUCAGACCGUCUGGCCACAAAGUGGUCAGUCCUGCGUGGCUGUAGCGCCUCAGAGUGUGUCCGGAUCUACCUGACCGUUGCCAGGAAGUGGCCGUUGUUCGGUGCCAAGCUCUUCAGUGCUAAGCCUGUUCCUCCCUCGUGUGUAGAGCAGUCACAGGUCUGGCUAGCUGUCAAUGAGGAAGGAUUGUGUGUGCUUGACCAAACCAUGCACCUUCUGGCCACAUACUCCUACCAAUCAGUGAUCACCUUUGGCGGUUGCCGUGAUGACCUGAUGGUGGUUGUUAGCCAGAACAAAGAGCAGGGUGGCGGGAAGAAGAGUGUGGAGAAGCUAGUCUUCGCUAUGGCUAAGCCCAAGAUCCUGGAGUUGACUCUGUUGAUGGCCAGCUAUAUUAAUUACUGGACCCCAAGCCUCCCCGCUGCCCAACACCAUUCCCCAGGACCUUGCUCCCCCCUGGGGCCGUGUGGGGCUGGGACUGGGAAGACAUGGGACGUGGAUAGCAGACACUUUCCCUCCAUGACCUACACAACAAAGGGACCAACUCUACUGUGAAUACAGCAAGCAGCAACCAACCCCCAGUACCAGUGCAUUUUUGGAUCAACAGGGUCAUGUUCAUUAAGCACUAAGUGGAAGAAAACUGACUUGAAUAAGAAUUGCUCUUUUUUCUAUUGAUGCGACAGUGUACUUAACGGAAAACAAAACCCAGGACUGAGAAACUACAGGGUAUUGGGAGUUGUGGUACGGAGGACAUUUUGCCUUAUGUGCGUUACUUGUAAAAAUUACCAUUGUUUUAUUUUCUCUCUAAAUCCUUCAGGCCUUUUGAUUUCUUCUUGCUCUUCACUACCUACUUACUUUACAAUACAGAUUUUAUUUACUGACUCGAUUGGUACUUGAGGCUCAUUAAGCUCUUCAUUGUUAGUGAAUACCACAAAUUUUGUGGGUUGGACAAAUGUUAUUUAACAUGAACUUAGGACAGAAUAAGUGUAAUGUUCAAUACAUUAAAUUGUACUUGAUUUUUGCAAUUGCACAAUAUGUCUGACUUUAAAAGAAAAUCCCAGGACCGAGCCUGAGGAGAACCACCCUCUGUGACUUAUGGAAGGUGUGAUGGCACCAUGUUGACCAAGCAAUGUUUUAAAAGCAUUUCAAUGUCAUACUUUUCAUUGUUAGGUGCAGAGCAUCAAUAUUUUCUAAGAUUAUAGAGAAAAAUAAGAUGUAUGAACACAUUUCAUGGCUUGUGCUCCUUUGACCACCAGGCAUGACAACUAGUCUUGGGGUCAGUUGCAUUUCAAUUGAAGUAAGCAGACAUUUUUAUUCCAUCAUCCAUAAAGGCCUUUCAAUUAAAACUGUUGAAAAGGGAAUGCCACUUUGAGAAUUGACUAAUUGGAAUUGUCCCCAAGCUUGUUGACAAUACAUUGGAAGAUAAUGGGAACUCAACAUGGUUGGAAUGAUUACAUAGAGAGGUCCAGCUACAUGAACAUGAACUGGUAGAAUUAGAGCUAUUGAAAUGUUAUAUGUGACUUGAAUUGUAUUGGAUCAAACCACUGUUUUGGUCAUUUUCCUAUUAGUUAUUUAUUUCAAUAGCAAUAUAUUGUGGCUUUUUUGUAUGAUUGAAAUUAUGUUUUGCAAAACUGUUAGAUUUAGAAAUUAUGGUCAGUUAGACAGUUGUAUGCCUUGCAAUGCUGUAUGAUUUGUGAAUUAGGGAUGUUAGGUCAAUGAGACAGAAUAUACAGGAUAGAAAAUGGGCUGGGCUUAGCUGUAAUGCAAUGUGUUAAAAAAUGAAAUAAAUGGUAGGCGAACACUACCUAUUCAAG